UCUAACAUAAUAUCACGGUAUAUCAUGGUAUUUUCACGAUAGUGAUUCUCUUGGCGAUAUGAAAAAAAAAACUGAAUAAAAAAAUUCAAGAAUAUACUACUGCAACAAAAUGAAAAUUAAGUAUUAUUAUUGCCUAUGAUAUGAUAUGGCACACCAUUAACUGAGAUAUUACAAAAUACAAUUUUAUCAGAUUUGUAGCAGAAGUCAAUGAUCCAGAAUGUCAUGAUACUAAUAAUACACUUCAAAUAUCUGUAUAUAUCCAGUAUUAAAGUAAAAUUAAUAAUACUGGACAAACACAAUCUGUCUGUAGUAGAAAGAUCAUGGGAAAGGGGCAAAAAAAAAACUUGGGGGGCCCCCCUCUACAACCAGCCCUGCUAAGGAGUAAGAACUUGGGACAGGGUUGCAAAAAUGAGAUAUGGAAGCGGUGUUCCAGGCUCCAAAACGGAGACCAAAAGUUUACGAAUCAUUUGAGAGCCCACUGCCCGUUCCUUUUACCUCAGUCCAAGGCACUUCCUCACUUCAGGGGGCCCUCAUAUGCAAAGCCGAGAUCAUAAACCAGCACGUUAUAGUACGAGAAGCUGACCACAUUCAAUCACUGUAUGGAAAGGGUUAUUUUGGUAAAGGAGUUCUGUCAAAAAGCAGACCAGAGCACAGUAUUUCAGAACGGUGGGAAUACAUAGGCAAUGAAUGUUUACCUGUUAUCCCCUUGUCAAGAUACCAAAAACUUGUGAGCUGGGCCCAUUCUGCUCUCCUGGCUCAGGGGUUAGAUGAAGAGGUUAUCAGCGAGACCAUGCAAAAGCUGACACAACCAAUUGAACUUAAUUUAAGAGAAGAACAUGGAGCAGAACAUGAUAAUGAGCCAAUUAACAAUAAAAAACAUCAAGAGAUGGCAGCUUCUCAGACACAGUCUUGUGAUAACUUCAGUCAGGAUCAGUCGAUGGAGAAUGAGAUAGCUGCAGAGGGUCUAAAUGAUGACAGAAUGGACUCGGAAAGUUCUGAGGCUGAGAAACCUCGUAGACAGGGAGAUCCAAUGUAUGAUCCUCUAGCUGAACUCUAUCCUCAAGAACCUGAGCAGGUGGAUCCGAAUGCACUAGCCAAAGUGAAGUGCAAAAGGCACGACGACUGGAUCAUUCACUGUGGAUGUAGACUGGACGAGAGCCAAAUGACGAGUGUUCUGGUCCAGUCGGGCAAAGAAAGUGGGUCAUGUCUAGCGCAUGGAUAUGUUCUAGUGGAGGAACCUGAUGAAGAAGAUAAUGGGGAUCCUAAUGAGGAUGACAUCUCAUGUGUCAGAAUGGCUAAGCUGGUUUGCAGAAUCAACCCCUUUAACAUGGUGGAACAUCUCCAGCUUAGUUACGAAGAGGCUUUCUUUCUGGUUUAUGCACUGGGGUGCUUGUCAAUUUACUACGAUGGUGAAGCCCUGUCAGUUCUUCAGCUUUGGCGAAUGUUUUGUUCAGUGCAGCCCAACUUUGAGACUAAUUACGCCGCCUAUCACUACUUCCGCAGUAAAGGAUGGGUACCCAAGCCUGGGAUUAAAUAUGGAACAGAUUUAAUGCUGUAUCGGAAAGGACCACCAUUUUAUCAUGCAAGCUACUCUGUGGUGGUGGAGAAAGUGGACGACUCCUUUCAGGGUGCUACUCUGAGACCCUUCAGUUGGAGGUCGUUUGCUGCCAUCAGUAGAAUAACUGGUAACGUCUCAAAAGAGCUGAUGCUGUGUUACGUUAUUGUCCCAUCAGAUAUGAACAAAGAAGAUCUCUCCUCACCAGAGUUCCUCAAAAGAGUCAAAGUUCAGGAGGUCAUUGUCAGCAGGUGGAUAUCUUCUCGAGAACGAAUGGAACAGGACGAAAUUUAGAGAUUUUCUUAUUUGCCAGUAUGUUAUGUACUAAAUAUUAUUGAACAUUAUUUAAAAAAUACACAUGUAAUAAAUGAAUGCAGCUUCCCUU